AUUUCAUUUUCUUCCCCGAAACUCUAGACAUUUUCACCAAAAGGAGUUCCUCCGUCUCUCUUCAAGCAAAUUAGCAAUGGCCUCCAAAACAAGCAGCUCCCUCUUCCAAAGCCUGAAACGCUACGUUAAGAAGCCAUGGGAGAUAACCGGACCCUGCGCCGACCCAGAAUACAAAAACGCUAUUCCAAAAGCAACGGAAUAUCGUGUUCGCUGCCCUGCCACCACUUUGCAAAAGCCCAUUGUCCCAACCUCUAACCCCGAAACCGUCUUCGACAUCAAAUAUUACUCUCGCGAUCAACGCCGCAACCGGCCCUCGAUCCGCCGUACCAUCUUGAAGAAAGCUGACGUGGAGAAGAUGAUGAAAGAGAAAACCUUUGAUGUCAACGAUUUUCCUAGGGUUUACUUGACUGCUAAAGUUGAAGAGGAUGAGAAUGCCAUUGGUGGAGGUUACCAGAAAUAGGCUCAUAUUACUGACUUUAAAAGAGUCUGGCAUGUGAGCAGGCCUCUCAGAACCUGUGGCGAAAUUUAAUGUUCACUGCUUCCUUCUGUUUCACUCCCUUGCUGUCGUGGAACAAUGCAGGCCAUGUUAACAUAGAAAUUUCUGGAGACUCUUGAAGUUAAAGAGGAUGAGGUGUCCAACAUUAAUAAGGACAGUUGCCUGGAUUUUGUUUAUUUGUUUGGUUUACUCUGUUAAUUGACAUGUUUGUAUAAAUCCAAAUGCAACUGCUGUUGAGUGAUGGAUAAUGUAAUCGAUUCCUUCAAGCUUGUAUGAGUUUCUAAAUGUGAUACUCUGGCGUAAGUUUUC